AUGCCUGCGCCAGGCGACCAACACAACGGCGAUGCAGCCAACCCGUUUGAGGAAACCCGACCUCGCGUCUCCGAGUACACAGCCCAACAGAUCGCCAUCCUCCAAUGCCGGCUCCAGAAGCAGCUCGGCCCCGAAUACAUAUCAUCCCGCGCAGGACCCGGCGGCGUCAAGGUGCACUACAUUACGUCGGAAAAAUGCAUCGCCCUAGCGAACGAAGUAUUCGGUUUCAACGGCUGGUCGAGUUCGAUCCAGAACAUCACCGUGGAUUUCGUCGACGAACACCCGCAGACGCUGCGGGUGAGUCUGGGUCUCUCUGUCGUCGUGAGGGUGACGCUUCGGGAUGGCACGUACCACGAGGAUAUCGGAUAUGGAAACAUUGAAAAUUGCAAGGGGAAGGCGUCGGCGUUUGAGAAGGCGAAGAAGCAGGCGACUACGGAUGCCCUGAAGAGGGCGUUGCGGAACUUUGGGAACGUGCUGGGGAAUUGCAUUUAUGAUAAGGACUACCUGUCGAAGGUUAUCAAGAUUAAGCCUGCGCCGACGAAGUUCGACGAGCAGAAUCUGCAUCGACACCCGGAUUUUGUCAAGAAGGAGGUGGUGCCGGUGAAAGCUCCCGUUAGGCACGAGACGAAGCCAGAACCCGAACCCGAAAUAGACACCAUUGACUCGGACCUAUUCGAAGACUUUGGCGAUUUCGAUGAUGCGGAUUUCUGUAUUGUCGAGGAAGGUCAUCCAGAUGAGGUCGUGCUCCCAAACCCAUCUAGACCAUCAGCACCAUCUGCGCAGAACAAACCUCCUGAGCCUGUGAAUAGGGCCCCUCAAACUCCAAACCAGGGACCUCGUUUUGGUGGACCAGCCGUAGGAGUCAGACAACAGCCACCUCAAGUCGCCCCUCGACCCGUCGCGAACGCACCGAACCUCCCAGGUCCUAGGCCUCAUGUACCUGGACCCUCUGAACCGGUAGCCUUCUUCUCAGCCCGAGCCGUAAACAAGGAUAUCCCAGAAUCCAGCUUAACAGCGGAAAGCGGUCUCAUUCCAAAGGCACAACAACUCUUCAACCCAAAGGCAGAGAGCCCAUCCAUCAGGAAGACGCCCGGCAUCGACCACAACUCGUCGAAACCCGUGACCAGGAACGCUGUGCAGAGCAGCAGCCAAGCGCCCGCCUCUCCAGCGGUCCCGAGCGCAGGCCCUGGUUCGAGACCUGGUGGAGGGUUCCAGUCGGGGAUCGGGAACGUUGUGAAUCCGCAUCUUAACCAGGCCAGGAGGAUCGGUACUCCGGGAGGCGGAGCUAGUCCCCUCGCCAACAGAGGGCAGUACCGGCCCCCGACGAUGAAGAGACCGCUACCGGGUGAUGGCAACGGGGCGAGGCCGGCCCUUACUGAGGUAUCGACCAACUCGGCCGUGGGGCUGAAUGAUGGGGCGUUUGAUGCAAAAAGGCAGAAAACUGCGUAG